AUGGUAUCGAUUUAUAAUAAGAAUUCGCACGGUCCAAAUUGCCGAUCUUUUAUCGCUCUACUAAUAGCCACGUUUUUCUUUUGUAGCAAUACUGUGUUAGCCAACAAAGAAUCCGUCAAUCAAGAUGAUUAUCAGAUAUGUUCAGGGAUGUACUCUAAGGAAGAUUGGGGUGGCAAGAUGGAUCCGUUCAUUUCUUUCAAUUUGAAGAAAUUGAAUAUUAAGAAUGAUAAUGAGGACGACUCCGGUGUUAUUGUUGCCAUCUAUGACUUCCAAGAUUAUAUUCAUCUAGGGGUGAAACUACCAAGUGGUGAUAUGUAUUAUACAUGUGAUGAUUAUACUAUUGACUUAGGUUACUGUGAUGAAUCUAAUAGAGAUGAAUUUAUUGUGAAUGAUGUUGUUUAUAAUCCUUUCACAAAGACUAAUACUAGUCUUGUCAACCCUGUUAUGACAUUCUCGCAAAAAGAUUUAGGUUUGCAUGAUGUGAAAUAUCCAGUAAAAAAAACUGGAUUCUACUGUGUUACUGUCUUUACAAGUGCAAGUGAUACCAAAUUCAAGGCAAUGGUCAAUUUCAGAAAUGCCUAUGGUAAUUUAGCUGGAUCUGAAAUUAAUAAAUUACCAUUAUAUGGAUUAUUAGCAGUUGCGUACGUGGUUGCAAUGUGUCUAUAUUCAUUUGCCGUCUGGAAACACAAGCAUGAAUUGUUACCCUUACACAAGUAUCUACUUGCGUUCUUCAUCUUUUUAACUGUCGAAACCAUUUUUGUUUGGGCCUACUAUGAUUUGAAAAAUGAAAAGGGUGAUACUGCUGGGAUUAAAGUAUACAUGGUAUUCCUAUCCAUACUUACUGCAGGUAAGAUUACGUUCUCUUUCUUCAUGUUAUUAAUCGUUUCUUUAGGUUAUGGUAUUGUUUACCCCAAAUUAAACAAGACUCUAAUGAGACGUUGUCAAUAUUAUGCAGUCUUUAGUUACUGUUGGUGUAUUGCCUUUUUAAUUCAAAGUUACUUAGAAGACCCUCAAGAUCCUUCUCCAUUGAUUUUAAUUACUCUUAUCCCAAUGGCUCUUUGUUUGUUUGUAUUCUAUUUCAUGGUAUUGAGGUCUAUGACUAAGACCGUAGCAUAUUUGAAGGAUCAAAGACAAGUGGUCAAAUUGAACAUGUACAAGAGAUUGUUAUUUAUCAUCUACGCGUCAUUAAUUUGUAUGCUUGGUGGUUGUGUGGUGACCUCUGUGAUUUUCCUUGGUUUAAACCAACUUGAAACGAUCGAAAAGAAUUGGAGAUCAAGAUUCUUUUUCACUGAUUUCUGGCCUACGCUUGUCUACUACAUUGUCUUUGUUAUCAUUGCAUUUAUUUGGAGACCAACUGAUACAUCUUACAUGUUGGCCGUUUCACAACAAUUGCCUACGGAUCCAGAAAACGUUGCUGAUUUCGAUUUAAGUGAUAUGCAAUCCCUAGCAGAACAUCUUGACGAAGAUGAUGACAAUGUCAGUAUCAUCACAGAUGAAGAGCAAGGACGCGGUCAUCCACAAGGCACCCAGGCGGCCUCCAACGCAACACCUCAAUUGGGCACCAAGGGACAACCACAGCAGGAUGACUUGGAUUUCAAUUUCACAGACGAUGAAGCUCCACCGGCACCUCCAAAGGACCCCUUUGCCGACCAGUGA